AUGGCUGCGAUUGAGAAGUGCCACCGCACUAUGCAACAAAUAUUGACAGCUAUCCUGAUAAUCGCCCUAUCGACUGUUGUCUAUGAAUGCUCCGCGAACGCGACUGAAGAUGCCAGCGUCGAUCAAAUGGCUAUGGAGACGAGGGCUGUACCGGUCGUUGCAAACCUGACUACCGUCAACACCAAGCACAAGCCACAGCCAAACGGCACUUCAAACUACAAUCAAACGUUGAAACUCGAGCAUAGGCCCCCGAGCAAACCACCGAUAUAUCUCACACCGGAUAAAAAGUUCUAUAUCUCGGUUCCCCAACACUAUUAUAAAUCACCACCCCCGAGGCACGUGUAUUCAAAAGAGCCGCUCAAAGUGACUAACGGCAUUUAUAAGUUUCAAGGAAUCAAUUAUGUUAAACCGGGUCAACAGGUCUCCCACUAUUACAACAAGCCUCAGCAAUUGAUUUAUGUACCGACCACCCCUAAACCUCCAACACCAACACCGCAAACCCUCCAUCAAUCAUCGUUAAAACCCAUGCCGCAGUCCUUGACAUAUGCUGCUUCAACUGGAAAACCCAUCUCUGUCACUAAAGCUCCAGUCAAAACAAAUAUUCCUGUUCAAACGGUUAACGGUAUACGGACCGAUUACGUUAAGCCACCUUCGCGUCAUCACCAGUAUAUCCACGUCUUUGAGCUUUCUCCUCCGACAACGAUUGAACCGACGACUACCACACGCCUUUUGAGGACGAAGCGAAUAUGGCCGAAGAGGAUAUUGGACAAGAUGAAUAACAAAACGGUUAAUGCAAGCAGUUCUAUCGGAAUCGCCAAUUAUAACAACAGCGAUAUAAAUGUUGGCGAAGAGAGUUAUGGACGUUUCGUUGUUUACGGCGACAAGUCUGACACUACGACGGCAAAUCCUGAGCAAGCAGCAACAAAACGUUCAUACAGAAGGGUGACAAGAGCUCCUAAAAAUGGAAAUUCAACACACGAGAAUGGUUCUAUAAAACCUAACGAAUGGGUCCCAAUACAACCGUCACAUUUCGCAAAGUUAAGGUCACGGCCACAUCGUAAGAAACGUUCCGUCGAAUCAUAUUUUGACAGUUCACCUUAUGUGACUAAAAACUAUCCACUGAGUUUUUUGAAGGAUUACCAAACGGAUGAUUACUUUAAAGACAACCAACUAAAUGACUUUUAUAAUAACUUCAAAGAUAAUAGUUACAAUAGUUACCUUAAUAAUCAUCAAUCGAGUGCUGCCAAUGCAAACAACCCACUAUAUUUACAUACCUACGGACUGAUUCCAAUGAGCGAGUCAUUGCAGAGUUCCAAGCCCGCUUCACCAAAUGUGAUGAUUUUUGGUAAAAAGAAGAAACGUCUACCUAGUUUGCCUCCCGCUCCACAAGUCGAUCUGAGUGAACUUCAUGGCGAAGCAAGCGGCCAGUCUAAGGUACAUACGAAGAUAAAGCAUCAUCAUCACCACCACCAUCAUCGAUACAUUAAGACUGUCGAGAAACCCGUGCAAGUCCCAUAUAAAGUCGAAGUGCCCAAACCCUACCCUGUCGAGAAAAAAGUGGCUGUGCCGGUUCCGGUAGAAAAAAUUAAAGUAGUGAACAGACCAUAUCCCGUCACUGUAGAAAAAAAAGUUCCAUAUCCUGUGCACAUAAAAGUUCCUCAACCGUUUCCCGUAAAGGUCGUCGAAAAGGAAUAUAUUCCAAGGCCAUUCCCGGUUGUCCACCAAGUGCCCAUUAUUAAACAAGUAGAAGUUAAAGUUCCCCAUCCGGUGCCAGUGCAAGUCGAGAAGCGAGUGCCGUUUCCCGUUCAGGUGGUAGUGCCCGUCGAAAAACCUUACCCUGUCCCGGUCCAUGUCGAAAAGCGAGUUCCAUAUCCUGUUCCAUUCAAAAUCUUCAUCCCGCGACCUUAUCCCGUAGAAAAGAAAGUACCGUUCCCGAUUGAAGUAAGAGUCCGAGAACCAUUUGAAGUUAUAAAGCAUGUGCCAGUAAGAGUUCCUUAUCCUAAACCAUACCCAGUUAAAGUGCCUCAUCCGGUCCCCGUUCAUGUGGAAAAGAGAGUUCCCUAUCCGGUAGAAGUCGAGAAACGAGUGCCCGUCCGAGUAGAAGUGCCAGUUCCGCAGAGAGUCGAGAUUGAGAAGAAGGUCCCGAUUUAUGUUCCCAAACCUUACCCAGUCGAAAAAAAGGUCCCCUAUCCUGUGAAAGUACCGUAUCCCGUAAAAGUCCCAGUAAAAGUACCAGUGCAGGUGCCGAUAGAAGUCCCCGUUUACAUACACCAUCCCUUCCAAAUUAUCAACGAUGAUAACGUUGCAGGCGGCAGUUCAGUACAUCAUUUGAUCGCAGGAGUCACAGCGGAUAUGAUGGGCGGCAGCGGGCCCGAUGACGUCACGGGAACUCCCUACGGAGUCACUGUCCGUGGACACUCUGGCUAUGACGACAUGGAGUCGAGGUCAGACCAACGAAGUCACCACUGCGUCAUCGUCGACACCCCGCACUGCUUAGAAAGACAAUUUAGAGUAAUAUUUAGCUAA